CGCCGGGAAGCCCGACGGGCGCGGGAACUGCUCCGCGGCGCGGCCACCGGGCCCGGGCAUCUCCUCCCCCUCCGCGCCGCCAGCGGCGGCGGCCCAUGCGGGACGGCGGCGAUGGAGGCGAGCACGGCGGCGGCGGCAGCCAACGGCUCGCACAACGCCUCCGACGGCGCCGGCGACGGCAACCCCUUCGUGCAGCCGGCCUGGCAGGUCGUGCUGUGGUCGGCGGCGUACGCGCUGAUCGUGCUGGUCUCGGUGGCGGGCAACCUGGUGGUGAUCUGGAUCGUGCUGGCCCACAAGCGGAUGCGCACCGUUACCAACUAUUUCCUGGUCAACCUGGCUUUCUCCGAGGCCGCCAUGGCCGCCUUCAACACGCUGGUCAACUUAACCUACGCCUUGCACAACGUCUGGUACUACGGGCUGGCCUACUGCCGCUUCCAGAACUUCUUCCCGGUGGCCUCCGUCUUCGCCAGCAUCUACUCCAUGACGGCCAUCGCCGUGGACAGAUAUAUGGCCAUUAUCCAUCCUCUGCAACCAAGGCUAUCAGCUGCAGCCACCAAGAUUGUCAUCUGUGUUAUAUGGCUCUUCGCUUUGUUAUUAUCGUUCCCUCAGGGAUACUAUUCCACAACCGCACAUCUGCCUGAGCGAGUGGUAUGUUAUGUGGAAUGGCCGCAAAAUAAGACCCAGCAGUUCGAAUCUGCGUAUCAGUUCUGUAUGACUAUACUAGUCUACAUCUUGCCACUCAUAGUGAUAGGCUAUGCCUAUAUUAUGGUGGGCAUUACCUUAUGGGCUAGUGGAAUACCAGGGGACUCUUCAGACCGCUAUCAUGAACAAGUGUCUGCCAAGCGCAAGGUUGUCAAGAUGAUGAUAAUUGUGGUUUGCACCUUUGCCAUUUGCUGGCUGCCUUACCAUGUCUACUUCCUCGUACAACCUUUUAAAGUUGAAGUAUACUCAGAAAAGUACAUCCAGCAGGUCUAUUUGGCUAUCAUGUGGCUGGCCAUGAGCUCCACUAUGUACAACCCAAUUAUUUAUUGUUGUCUCAAUGACAGGUUCCGGCUUGGCUUCAAGCGCGCGUUCCGCUGGUGCCCGUUCGUCACUGCCAGCGAAUACGAAGGGCUGGAAAUGAAGUCAGCCAGGUACCUCCAGAGCCAGAGCAGCAUGUACAAGGCCAGCCGGAUGGAGACAACAGUCUCUUCCGUCGUUGGCAACCCGGAGGAGGACCUUGAGGACAGCGGCAAAUCCAGGCACCUCUCCGUCGACCUGACCUCCAACGGCUCCUCCCACAGCAACGCUAAAACCGUCUCGGAGAGCCUGAGCUUCUACUCCAAUUCGCUUUCCUGA